AUGACUUGGCUCAAUUGGGGUUUGUACUUUACUAUUGGCUUAGCAUUAGCUUCAUAUGCUCCACACAUUGGCAAUGAACAGGGUAAUAUACAUGGUAAUGACAAAAUCUCAAUUUUUGGACCAUCCCAAUCUCUUUUCCAUGUUGAGGAUGGUCCAUCUAAAGAAGAAGGCGCCUCUGUGGCGCGUACCUUAGUCCAUAGAGAGUCCUUAUUUAGUGUGAACACCAUACAUACAUUCAAGUCGUCGCACGAUGAGUCCAAGGUCUCAGUCCCUGUAUCGUCAAUGGAAUAUUUUGCUGAUUGUGACGGUGAUGGCGAUCCUUAUUGGUUAGUGAUUGAUGUGGGCAGUCCCAAUCAGGACAUCAUUCGCGGAUCACCAUAUUCUUUUUCAAUUCGUGAUGGUGACCAUCCCAGUUGGGACGACGUGGCAGAGAACUACCCCGGAAAGCGCGAAGGCUCAAAUGCUGGUUCGCCCAGGAUACAAUUGUUUGGCAAGUUAGAGUUUGUUGGGUUUUAUAAUCCUUUUGACCCGAGAAAAUUGGCAUUGGAAAAGUGUUUUUUGGAAAGACACCCCGACGCAAGUUUAUGGUUGCCCGGUAACGUUGUGAGUCCACACAAAUCACAUUGGACUAAAUUGAGAGUAGAAUCGGUACAUAUUAUUGGUGGGUUUGGUGAUGUUGCGUAUAUCGGGACUAUCGAUGCAAAGAGUUACCACGAGGCAGAGAUUAUCGAACCACCCGCAGAAGAGGAGAGUAACUAA